CUAGGAUUGGCUCUGACGGCAGUCAGUACAGCAAAAGAAGAACAAAAAUUAAGGGAAAUUAAUAAAAAAUUGAAGGCCCAACUUGCCAGUUGUGUGGAGAGGUUAGGAUUAGAAUACAUAAGCGGUGGCAAAGAGGAGGUGGAGCUGGAUGAACCUAAUAAACGGAAACGUAAACUGCCAAAACAGUUGACUCCACCGCCACAACCAGAGGAGACGGAGGAAAUUGACGUAGCUGCUCUUUUCUCCCAAGAUCAAUUGCAGCUGAUAUACGCUGCAAUUGACGCAGACGUUUCCUCCUCGGCGGCGACUUCACCACCGGCAGAGGUGCUGCAGCCACCGCCAUGACCGUAUCCACCACCAUUAAGGACGAGGAUUUAGCUCGUAUUUUGGCUCGGAUUAGAAUAAAUACGCGAAUAAGUUCCCCGCAACUUUGUCCUAUCACAAAAAUACAGGAAACUGUUCCAGCAGAAAACAUUAGGCUGGGUAAUUUGGAUCUGGAGGCACAAAUUGCCAAAUGUAUCGAGCAGUUGCCUCCUGAUUACAUCGUCAGCGAUGAUGAAGAGGAGGUGCAGCCGGAAGAGCCCAACGAGGAAAGGCGAGCCAGGAACGCUCAAUAUGAGAGGAAAGGUGAGAGGAGUUGGCGAAAGCCCACUGCGAACUGGCAGAGGCCGCAGGGUGUGACCCUAAUCUACAGCCGCAACCAACCUUUCCGCAAUCAACAUCACUACCUCCAUUUGAACUUUCACCACCAUCAGCACCGCUAUGAAAUUACGACUUGGAAGACUUGA